AUCCCCCACCGUCCGCCGCGUGCGUGGAAGCCGAACCAAACCCUAGCUGAGAGGAGCCCCAAGGGAGGAGGAGGAUUUGGCCAUGGACGCCGCCGCCGCCGCCGUCCACAAGCGCAAGCGGCCCGAUGAGUCCGCUCCCGCCGCCGCGGACGUCGACCUCUCAGCCGCUGACGCCGUGGAGGUGCUCGACCUCCGGGCCGCCAAGCGCCUCCUCCUGGCCUUCGAGCGCCGCCUCCGCGACAACCUCGAGGCUCGCAUGAAGUACCCCGACGACCCCGCUCGCUUCGCCGACUCCGAGAUCGCUCUCCACGCCGAGACCGACCGCCUCCGCCUCCUCGCUGGCGCCCCCGAGCUCUUCCCCGACCUCGUCCCCAUCGGCCUCGCCUCCUCACUCGCCUCCCUCCUCACCCACGACAAUGCCGACCUCACCGCCGCCGCCGCCUCCCUCCUCGCCGACCUCACCGACUCCGACGACCCAUCCGACCUCCCCGCCGUCCAGGCCCUCGCCGACGCCCUCGUCGACGCCAACGCCCUCGACCUCCUCGUCCACAACCUCUCCCGCUUCUCCGAGGCCGACCCCGACGAGGCCGAGGCCGUCCACAACACCCUCGCCGUACUCGAGAACCUCCUCGACCUCCGCCCCAACCUCGCCGACAAAGUCUGCGACGGCACCAAGCUCCUGCGCUGGCUCCUCUCGCGCCUCAAGGCACGCGAAUUCGACGCCAACAAGCAGUACGCCUCGGAGAUCCUCGCCAUCCUCCUGCAGAACAGCCCUGCCAACCAGAAGCGCCUGGGACAGAUCAACGGGGUCGACGGCCUGCUCCAGGCAGUUGCCAUGUACAAAUCCAGGGACCCAAAGACCUCAGACGAGGAGGAGAUGCUCGAGAACCUCUUUGACUGUCUCUGCUGCGUGCUCAUGCCCCUGGAGAACAAGGAGAGGUUUGUCAAGGCUGAAGGCGUUGAGCUCAUGAUCAUCAUCAUGAAACAGAAGAAGCUGGCAUAUAGCUCUGCCAUCCGCACGCUCGAUUUCGCCAUGACCAGGUUCCCGCCUGCAUGCGAGCGCUUUGUUGAUGUGCUUGGCCUUAAGACUGCCUUUGCAGCCUUCAUGGGUAAGAUUCCUGCAAACAAGAAGAACAAGAAAGAGAGUUAUCAGGAGGAGCUAGAAGAACGUAUCAUUUCAAUUAUUGCCUCAUUGUUUGGUGGUAUUACCAAGGGCUCACGAAGGAUGAGGCUACUAGGAAAAUUUGUUGAGAAUGAAUGUGAAAAGAUAGACCGUCUGAUGGAGUUUUACACAAGGUAUUCAGACAGAGUGAAAGAAGAGACCGAGAGACUUGAUAGUCUUGAUUUGGAAGAUCUAGAGAUGGACGAUGAUGAGCGGUAUAACCGAAAACUUGAAGCUGGCCUUUACACACUGCAGUUAAUUGCACUUAUUCUGGGACACAUCUGGCACUCUGGGGAUUCCCAGAUGAGGGCAAGAGUUGAAUUGCUUCUAAGACAAAACAAACUUACGAAGCAAGACGUGAAGGACAUACUUGAGGAGUACCAUGACAACAUUGGGGACUUGGAUGGACCUGAAGAGAAGGAAAGAGCUCAAGCACGGACCAAGGAGAUUAUAGCAGUGUUGUGAUGCGCAUGGGUGGGCUGGCCUGGGGUAGUAACUGGCUGUAGAGCAAGACAAUGCUCCUCUGAGGGUUUAGAUGGAGAUUUUUGGGAGAAGGCUAGUAUGUUUGAGUGUAGAUGUUGGAUGGCAGAAACAAAGAGGGGCAUUGCCUGCCUGCUGAUAAUGUAGUAGCCUAGCCGCUCUCAGUAUUCUGUUCUGUUGUAUGCUUUUCCUGUGUAGAAAUAUGUAGUUGUUAUUUGCACACUGAUUGCCUUGUUAUAUUCCUUUUAUCAUGGUUUAUAUA